CCAUAUAAACCGCCGCGAAAUAUAUUUUCAAUAACCAAAAAUAUUGUUUUUUCAGCUGUUUGAAGCUGGUGUAAAGUAAAAGUGCAAACUUAAAAACGGGAAUCAUAGAUAUAGCGCACAUAGAACAGAUCUACCGCUUCUUAGACUUGCUUUCAAUGAGAAUUACAUAUCUAUUACUAACAUUUGUGAUUUUGGUGAAUUCGCCCAAAAAGUGACAUUGCAGCUUUAAAUCGCUGGUUGACAAAAAGCUCUCGAAAUAGUAGGGGUUCACUCAAUCCCUUAUCUGAACUAUCCAAAGUGGCAAACCUUGCGCCAGUCAACAUGCCUUUGCUGUUUUUGGAGAGAUUUCCAUGGCCCAGUUUGCAGACAUACACAGCUCUGAGUGCUGUAUUUCUCGCGGGGGCAAUCUUAAAUGGCUACUACACUGUCCCAGAGCUAGUAGAGUACACACAGACACAGAGCAGGACUCCCGUAGAAAGUGAUGAUGUUGAUGAUGACCCAAUCACCAGCCUUAGCGAUGUGGCAGCCACUGUCCGGUUGUACCUGGUCUCAGACACCGUUUUUGUUUGGGUGAUGGUGAAUACAGCCUGCUGUGUCCUGAUGCUGAUUGCAAAGGUGAUCCAGUGCAUUGUCUUUGGGCCACUCCGUGUCAGUGAAAAACAGCACCUGAAGGACAAGUUCUGGAACUUCAUCUUCUACAAGUUCAUCUUCAUCUUCGGGGUGCUGAACGUUCAGACGGUGGAGGAGGUGGUGAUGUGGUGUCUGUGGUUCGCUGUCCUCGUCUUCCUGCACCUCAUGGUCCAGCUCUGCAAGGACCGCUUUGAAUAUCUGUCGUUCUCACCCACCACUCCUAUGGGCAGUCGUGUGAGGGUUCUGGCCCUGCUGGUGGGUAUGCUGCUGACCUGCUGUGGCCUGGCUCUGCUCUGUGGUCUGCUGGGAAACCCCCACGGCAUGCACACCGUCGCCUUCAUGGCCGCUGAGUGUAUGCUGGUGUCCGUUAGAACUGGACAUGUCAUUAUCCGGUACUCCAUCCACCUGUGGGACCUGAACCAUGAGGGCACCUGGGAGAGUAAAGGAUCCUACGUCUACUACACUGACUUUGUGAUGGAGCUGGCUCUGCUAGGUCUGGACCUCAUGCACCACAUCCACAUGCUGCUGUUUGGUAACAUCUGGCUCUCUAUGGCCAGUCUGGUGAUCUUCAUGCAGCUGCGUUACCUGUUCCACGAGGUGCAGAAGAGAAUCCGUCGCCACAAGAACUACCUACGUGUCAUCAACAACAUGGAGGCCAGGUUUGCUGUGGCCACCUCUGAUGAGCUGAUAGCCAACAAUGAUGACUGUGCUAUCUGCUGGGACUCCAUGAUGACAGCACGCAAGCUGCCCUGUGGACAUCUCUUCCACCACUCCUGCCUGCGUUCCUGGUUGGAGCAGGACACAUCGUGUCCCACGUGCCGUAUGUCUCUGAACAUCAGCGAGGGGGCCGGAUGGGAGAGAGAGGAGAGGCAGAGAGAGGCCAUGCUGGAGGACAACAUGGGCCCUGGAGGCCCUGGACCCGAGGCAAGGCCACACCUCAACCAGCACAACCACUUCUUCCACUUUGACGGUUCUCGCAUUGCCAGCUGGCUGCCCAGUUUCUCAGUGGAAGUGAUGCACACAACCAACAUCCUAGGCAACGUACAACAGGCCAACAACUCCCAGCUCAAUGCCAUGGCCCAUCAGAUUGGGGAGAUGUUUAAUCAGGUUCCCUACCAUCUGGUGCUGCAGGACCUGCAGCUGACCCGCUCUGUAGAGGUCACCACUGACAACAUCCUAGAGGGACGCAUCGUGGUGCCUUUCCCCACACAGCCUGUGGAUCACUCCGCCUCCCAGGUCAGCCUCUCCCCACAGGAUGUGGGCGGGGCCAGCGGGAGUUCAGAGUUCAUGACCCCUGAGGUGGAGGACUUUGAGGUCAGAGGCAGCCGCUUCUCCAAGUCAGCCGAGGAGAGACAGAAGAUACUGCUGCAGAGGAAAGAUGAGCUACUGCUACGCGCACAGAGGAGAUAUCUGAGCAAGAGCCCAGAGGAAACUGCUGCUGCUAUGAACGACGAUGAAUAUGAGUACGAUGAAGGUCUGCCCACUCUUGAGGAUGACAUCCCAGCAGGCUCAAUCUCGGACUCUAUGACUCUGCAACGCAGAAAGUUAGCGGCAGCCGCUGAGCGCCGCAUGCACGCAAACCAGUGAAGAGGCUGGACUGGGACGAUACCAGUAUUGCGAUACUCGUUAGAAUCGUGGCAAGGAAACAAAACACGAAGCGGAAUUAACUUCUUUA